AUGUCGGCUUUAACGUCCUCUACAGACUCCACAGCGGGUCGGAGCAGCAGCGGCGGCACCAACACCGGAUCGACAUCCACGGCUGUUUUUUUGCGGUACUACGUCCCUUUGCCGCUGCGUGUGGUGAACGAAGACUAUGCCCUUGUUGCCGGGUUUCUCGGUGGUAUUGUGAUCUUCGCCGUGUACGUGAGCGUGCUGGUCUGCUUGCGGUGCCUGCAGCAAGCGCAGAUGCGCCGGCCAUCACUCGCACCCGCACAGCCGACCAACAGCAACCGUAGAGAACUGCGUCCGCGCGGCGUGGAGGGGGCGCUCACGCGUCACGCGCAACAACCGUCACAGCAGCAGCAACGGCCGCCACAGCCCCCACCACCAGCAGCAGCAGCAGCAGCAGCCGAAAGCAGAGGUGAUGUUUCUGUGCAGCGUCUUUACGGUGCGCCAUCGACCGUCGCGGUGCACUACGCACGCGGGAUGCAGCCCCUGCACGCCGCCGGCCCUCCCACGAGCCCACCGCCACCACCACCACGGUAA